GUGUUGAAUAACGCUUACGAUAACGACACUGCCGUCAACAAGCUCGCUGCCAUGUACAAUUUCACCGCCACCAAUCGACGCCUCCGCUGCAGCUGCCACAUACUCAAUCUUAUUGGCCAAACUAUUAUUUUUGGCAGAGACAAUGAGACAUAUAGCAACGAUUGCAAGCACUACAAGGAGGAGCAGGGAGAUUUGCUUGGCGUCUUUCUUGAUGUAAUAAACCAUAUCAACAUCCCACAACAGUAUCAGCUCUUUGCGAGCUGCCAGCGCCAAGCAGUGGAGGAGAUGGCUAUUAGUGGCUCUGUUGGCAUCCGCGAGCCCAUCAAGCCAGUUGUUACGUGUUGGAAUUCCUAUUGCAGCGCCUUUGAGCGCGGAGUUGAGCUCCAGCAAGCU